UCACUAGCAGCCUCCCUGUCGCCCCUAAGCAUCGCUGCUUAAAUACAGACAAGGACAGGGCUCCGUCUCCUCAGCCUCCGUCUCCACCACCAGCCCCGGACUGAGUCGACAAUGCCAUCCUCUAUCUCUCGGGGCCUCCUGCUCCUGGCAGGCCUGUGGUGCCUGUUCUUUGGCUGCCUGGCUGAGGAUGCUCAGGUGACAGACUUACCUGACCAUGAGCAGGAGCACCUUGCCUGCCACAAGAUCGCCCCAAGUCUGGCUGAGUUUGCCUAUAGCAUGUACCGGGUGCUGGCUCAGCAGUCCAACACCAGCAACAUCUUCUUCUCCCCCGUGAGCGUGGCCUCAGCCUUGGCCAUGCUCUCCCUGGGAGCCAAGGGGGACACUCACACCCAGAUCCUGCAGGGCCUGGAGUUCAACCUCACGGAGACAUCUGAGGCUGACAUCCACAACGGCUUCCAGAACCUUCUCCACAUCCUCAACAGGCCCAACAGCAAGCACCAGUUGACCACCGGCAAUGGCCUCUUUGUCAGCUUGAACCUGAAGCUCGCAGAGAAGUUCUCGGAGGACAUCAAGAAACUUUACCAUGCAGAAGCCUUCCUCACCAACUUCAGCAACCCCGAAGAGGCAGAAAAACAGAUCAAUGCCUAUGUGGAGAAGGGAACCCAAGGGAAAAUUGUGGAUUUGGUGAAAGACCUGGACAAAGACACACUUCUUGCCCUGGUGAAUUACAUUUUCUUUAGAGGCAAAUGGGAGAAACCCUUCGAGCCUGAGCACACCACGGAAGAGGACUUCCACGUGAAUGGGGAAACCACCGUGAAGGUGCCCAUGAUGAACCGCCUGGGCAUGUUCAGAGUGUUUCACUGCAGCACGAUCCAAAGCUGGGUGCUGCUCAUGGACUACCAGGGCAAUGUCACCGCCCUCUUUUUCCUGCCAGAUGAGGGGAAAAUGCAGCACCUGGAGAAAACGCUCACCAAGGAACUCAUCUGCAAGUUCCUGGGCAAGACAGAGAAAACGUCUGCCAAUGUGCAUCUCCCCAAGCUGUCCAUUUCUGGAACCUACAACCUGAAGACUGUCCUGGGCAACUUAGGCAUCACCAAUGUCUUCAGCAAUGCUGCUGAUCUCUCGGGGAUCACGGAGGACGCUCCCCUGAAGCUCUCCAAGGCCAUGCAUAAGGCAAUGCUGACCAUAGACGAGAAGGGAACAGAGGCUGCGGGGGCCACAGUGCUGGAGGCGAUACCCAUGUCUAUGCCCCCUGAAGUGAACUUCAACCGUCCCUUCGUCGUUGUCAUCGUCAGCCACUCCACCGACAGUCCCCUCUUCUUGGGCAAAGUGAUGGAUCCCACACAGAAGUAACUGCCAUCAGGCUUCGGUUCCCCAAUCAGCCCAAGUCCCCUCCCUGGUGACAUUAAACAACAUUAACGCCUUCGUGUGA